UCCUUUGCCGGAAGCAGUAUGUGAAUGACGUAAAAAUAUUGCGCCGUUGGUGAUUACGGAAGAAACAGAAGUGUGGCGUGACAAUGUAAAGAAAAGGAUAGAUUAAAACCUAAAAAGAAAGAAAAGAAGGAUCCCAGCGCGUUAAAGGAAAGAGAAAUUCCUCAACAUCCUUCCUGCUUAUUUUUCCAAUAUAAUACACAGUUGGGCCCACCUUACCACAUCCUUGUUGAUACCAACUUUAUCAACUUUUCCAUAAAAGCCAAACUGGACUUAGUGCAGUCAAUGAUGGACUGUCUGUAUGCCAAGUGUAUCCCUUGUAUAACUGAUUGUGUAAUGGCUGAAAUUGAAAAAUUGGGGCAGAAGUAUCGAGUGGCUCUAAGUGACUCAUCAUUGUUCAUAGAAAGAGCAUGGCUCUGGCCAGACGCGGUGGCUCAAGCCUGUAAUCCCAGCACUUUGGGAGGCCGAGGCGGGUGGAUCACGAGGUCAACAGAUCGAGACCAUCUUGGUCAACAUGGUGAAACCCCGUCUCUACUAAAAUUACAAAAAAUUAGCUGGGCACGGUGGUGCGUACCUGUAAUCCCAGCUGCUCGGGAGGCUGAGGCAGGAGAAUUGCCUGAACCCAGGAGGCGGAGAUUGCGGAUUGCCAAGGAUCCAAGAUUUGAACGAUUACCGUGUACACACAAAGGAACCUACGCAGAUGACUGCUUAGUACAGAGAGUAACUCAGCAUAAGUGUUACAUUGUGGCCACAGUUGACCGGGACCUUAAAAGAAGAAUUCGUAAGAUUCCUGGAGUUCCUAUCAUGUACAUUUCUAACCAUAGGUACAACAUUGAACGGAUGCCAGAUGAUUAUGGAGCCCCUCGAUUCUAAUUCUUACAAGACACAGUCCCUCUCUGCUUUUCUUUGAUGAGCUUUCUCUUGUUGCCAGUCCAUUAUACAUGCAAUAGCAUGAAUUAUUAUUCUGUUGACCUAUUUGCUCUAUUGUGAGCUGAGGAUGGUUAAAUAUACUCACUCUUUUUUUUUUUUUUUUUUUUUUUUUUUUUGAGAUGAAGUUUUGCUCUUGUUGCCCAGGCUAGAGUGCAAUGGUGCAAUCUUGGCUCACUGCAACCCCUGCUUCCCAGGUUCAAGCAAUUCUCCUCAGAAUCGCUGCCUCAGCCUCCUGAAUAGCUGGGAUUACAGGCACUUGCCACCAUGACCAGCUAAUUUUUUUUUUUUUUGUAUUUUUAGUAGAGACAAAUACUUUCUUUUUUUCCUCAGGAUGGAGUCUCACUCUGUCACCCAGGCUGGAGUGCAAUGGCAUGAUCUUGGCUCCCUGCAACCUCUAUGUCCUGGGUUCAAUCAAUUAUCCUACCUCAGCCCACUGAAUAGCUGGGAUUACAGGCAUCCGCCACCAUGCCCAGCUAACUUUUGUAUUUUUAGUAUAGAAAAAUACACUUUGGCCUCCCAAAGUGCUAGGAUUAGAGGCGUGAGCCACCGCUCCUGGCCUUCUCACUUUUUGAUGUUGUUUUGAAAUGGUAUUUUGUCUCGUAAAAAUUUUAGGCCAGGCAUGGUGGCUCAUGCCUGUAAUCCCAGCACUUUGGGAGGCCGAGGUGGGUGGAUCACCUGAGGUCAGGAAUUCAAGACCAGGCUGGACAACAUGGCAAAACCCCCAUCUCUACUGAAAAUGCAAAAAAUAAGUAGCCGGGUGUGGUGUCACAUGUCUGUAAUCCCAGCUACUAGGGAGGUGGACGUGGGAGAAUCGCUUGAAUCCAGGAGGUGGAGGGUGCAGUGAGCCAAGAUUGUGCCACUGCAUUCCAGUCUGGGUGACAAGAGUAAGACUGUCUCAAAAAUAAAAAAAAAGAAAGAAAGAAAGAAAAAUUAAUGAUUGUCAAAGGAUACAAAAUCUCAGACAGGAAGAAUAUGUUUUAUACUUUUUUUGAGUUCUGUUGUACAGUUUAGUGCAUAUACAUAAUAAUAGAAUAUUAUACAUUUUAAAAUUGAUGUUCUCAUCACAGAAAUAUACUUGAGGUAUUGGAUACGUUAACUAGCUUGAUUUAAUUAUUUCAUAUCAUGUCUGCAAUUUAUGAUAUUACUUUGUAACCCAUAAAUUUAUACAAUUAUAAAUUUGUUAUAAGAAAGUCAUUGCAUCUCUUUAGAAAUCAGAUACUCUGAUGAUUGCUCACAUAAUUUGAUGGCCAUUGUUUUAUACUGACUUAAUAAACAUUUAUUAAAUGUAUACUAGGUGCUUAAUAAGAUAUGGCCCUGCCCUCAAGACACAUUAUGGUGGGAGAGAAAAACAUGUAAGUUUAUAAAUACAGUAAAAUAGCAGUGCUAGGGUAAAAGUAUCAGAGGCACAUCAUAGGCACAUAAAGGUAGAAAGAAUGAUUUUUUUCUACUGGUUGGGAUGGGGAGGCAGGAAAGACCAGAGGUCAUACAUAAGGUUUGAGCUAAUCUUAAAAUUGAAUGGGUACUUGCCCAAUAAAUUAGGCAGAGAAGAUGAAGCAUAGGAAACAGUAGGAACAAAGGCAAGGACGCACAAUGUUACAUGGAGUGAAUGUGCUUGGCCUGUUCAGAUAGCUGCCAGGAGAUUUUUAUGACUAGAAUAUAGGAAAUCAUGUCAUGGAAGGGGCCUGUACCCACAUGAGACUCCUGAGGAAGGAGACAGAGGGAGAGGGGUCUUACAUGAUAUGCCAAAGGGUCUGGACUUCAUCCUUAGGUCACUUGGGUGCUAUUGGCUAGGCACAGUGGCUCAUCCCUGUAUUCCCUGCAUUUUGGGAGGCCAAGGCGGGUGGAUCACCUGAAGUCAGGAGUUUGAGACCAGCCUGGCCAACAUGGUGAAAUCUCAUCUAUACUGAAAAUAAAAAAAUUAGCUGGGUGUGGUGGCAGGCACCUGUAAUCCCAGCUACUUGGGAGGCUGAGGCAGGAGAAUCACUUGGACCUGGAAGGUGGUGGUUGCAGUGAGCCGAGACUGCACCAUUGUACUCCAGCCUGGGCAACGAGCAAAACUCCAUCUCAAAAUAAGGUGCUAUUAAAAUUUCAAGCAGGGUGGAUAACAUGAUCAGAUUAAGGGGGUUUUGUGGUUUGUUUUUAAUGGGACAGGAUCCUUCUCUGUUGCCCAGGUUGGAGUACAGUGGUGCAAUCACAGCUCACUGCAGCCUCAAUCUCCUGGGCUCAAGUCAUCCUGCCUCAGCCUUUUCAGAGUAGCUGGAACUACAGUCAUGUGCCACUACUCCCAGCUAAUUCUUUUUUUGUAGAGAUAGGAUUUCACACUAUGUUGCCCAGGCUGGUCUCAAAUUCCUGGGCUCAAGCUAUCCUCCCACCUCGGCCUCCCAAAAUGUUGGGAUUGCAGGCAUGAGCCACUGUGUUCAGCCCAGAUAAGAUUUUUUAAAUGAUCAUAGGUAGUGUAAGAAUAAAUAGACCAUUAAAACUCCAUAGAAAAUCCAUUAGCAAACCUAUGUAUAAUCCCAGCACUUUGGGAGGCCAAGGGGGGCAGAUCAUUUGAGGUCAGGAGUUUGUGACCAGCCUGGCCAAACAUGGUGAAAACCCAUCUCUACUAAAAAUACAAAAAUUAGCCUGGUGUGGUGGUGCACACCUGUAAUCCCAGCUACUCGGGAGGCUGAAGGAGGAGAAUCACGUUAACCAGGGAGGCAGAGGUUGCAGUGAGCCAAGAUCACACCACUGCACUCCAGCGUAGGCAAUACAAUGAGACUGUCUCAAAAACAAACAACAAAAAAAAAGCAACUAGAUAUUUGUGGGAAUUUGGUAUAUUAUUAAGGUGAUAUUUCAUUUCUGUGGGAAAAAGAAAUUGUAUUAAAAGGCCCAGUAGUCUGGAAUCAUUCUGUUAGGGUUAGAAUACUAAUUCCACCAGUUAAUAUAUGUAUGAAUUGGACAAACCACAUAACCAUUUGUUGCCUUCCUUGUUUCUUCUUUAAAAUGUUUAAUCCUCAAAGCAAACCUGAUAAAGUGAGAUUAAAUUGAAUAAUACCUGACCCAAGUAAGUGUUGUUCAGUAAAUGUUAGUGAUUAUUACACAAUGGCAUCAUGGCUAUCCAUUUGGGAAAAAAAAAAAAAAAAAAUUGGCUGGGCACAAUGGUUCACACCUGUAAUCCCAGAACUUUGGGAGGCCAAGGUGGGCGGAUCACCUGAGGUCAGGAGUUCAAGACCAGCCUGACCAACGUGGAGAAACCCUGUCUCUACUAAAAAUACAAAAAAAAAAUUAGCCGGGUAUGGUGGCAUGUACCUGUAAUCCCAUCUACUCAGGAGACUGAGGCAGGAGAAUUCUCUUGAACCCAGGAAGCAGAAGUUGCAGUGAGCUGAGAUGGCGCAAUUGCACUCUAUCCUGGGCAACAAGAGUGAAACUCUGUCUCAAAAAAAAAGAAAAAAAUUAGAUUCCCACUUAACAUGAAUCAUAAGAAUAUUUCAAGUGGAUCAAAGGCCUAAUUUUUUUUUUUUUUUGAGACAGUCACUCUGUAACCCAGGCUGCAGUGCAUUGGCACAAUCAUGGCUCACUGCAUUCUUGACCUUCCCAGACCCAGGUGAUCCACUCCAGCCUCCCAAGUAGCUGGGAAUUUUGUAUUUCUUAUAGAGAUGGGGUUUUGCCAUGUUGCCCACCUUGGCCUUCUAAAGUGUUGGGAUUAUAGGCAUGAGCCACAGCACCCAGCCUAAACUUAUUUCUAAGCUAUGGAAGCAUUAGGAAAAUAAAUGUAAAGAAAAAUGUGUCCAUCACCUUUGGAUAGAAUUCUUCAGCAGAAUCUAAAAAGAUUGACAAGUUUCAAUAUAUUAAAAUUAUAGACUUCUGUGCAAGACAUUCCCCUUCCCUAAAAAGCAAGUGACUGAUCAGAUUUUUCCAACACAUAUAACGAGGGUUUGGAGAAAUGAGUACUAAUGUCAUGCUGACAGAAGUGCAAACAUUUAUGACCACUUUUUACAGCUGUUGUCAGGAUACACUAAAAUAAAAAUUGUGGAUAUCUUGUGA